AAAACCGUUUUGCCGAAAAUGUUUAUUUAAUAACUUGUUAUAUUUUAAACAUAGGUCAACUUAUGAAAUAUCAUUAAAUAGCCACAACAAAAGUGUAGUAUAAGUGUAAAAUAUUAAAUGUUUUUAGUAUACGAGAACUAUUUGUUGAAUUAUUGAGUUACAAACUUUUAAUCGUCAUACUGUUAUUUAAAAGUUUUUUAAAAAACUAAUAAAAUGUCGUACGCGGAACUAUCAGAAGAUGAUGAUAGUUUUGUACUUGACGCUGAAUUUGAAGAAAAGACAUUACCUUUAAAUUCAAUCAGUAUAAGCAGUGACGAUGAAACGAAGGGCUCAGCUGUUGUGUAUGAACUUACUUCGGAUGAAGACGAACCUGCUAAAGCAGUCGAGUUACGUAAAAAGAAACAGGCUUUAAUUAAGAACCUAUUCCCAAAUACCAAAAUAAGUAACAACAGAAAAACACAAGCUCCACAAAUAGUUCCACAAAUACCUAAACCUAAAGGGUUUGAACUUAUGAUCGGUGGUAUAAAGGUUCAUAUACCAGUUAAACCUUACGGUUGUCAGACUGCUUUAAUGUUUAAGGUAAUAACAGCAAUUAAUAAGAGCCAGAACUGCUUGCUGGAAAGUCCUACGGGAUCCGGAAAAACAUUAGCUCUGCUCUGCGGUGCGCUGGCCUGGGUGCGACAUGAAAACAAUCGUAUCAGUGAGCAGUCAGCACAAGAGUUGGUCAGCCAGCACGCUGAGCUGCAGCAAGUGACAGGCGCGGCUGGCUACGUGUCAACACCAGUCCGUGAUAAAUCCGUCACGCCUGAAAAGUAUUUCAACAAACCAGUAUUUGGUCACAAGAGUAUUUAUGAUGAGACAAAACAGAACCCGGACGAUACAAAUAAUAGGGCUAGCAAACGCCAAGAUUGUCUUGACACCAGCACAGAAGAAAACAAUGAUGCGGGUCUGGUGAAAAUCCAUAAGAAACGACGCCUGGCAGCCAGUGAAUUGGGUAUGGGCUGCGAAACAAUGUACGACAAGCCACUACCUUCGUCGCUGGAGAGAACAGAACUGCCAUCCACCCCGGAGAAGAAACAAGCUUCACAACCCGAUACUCCUCAAAAUGUCAGAACGCUGUACAAUCUGGUGGACAACCUCCGUCUGAGGACGUCGAUGCUUGUUGAUUGCAGUGUACCGACUGUGUACUACGGCGCGAGGACGCACAAGCAGCUGCAGCAGGUGAUCAAGGAGUUUGCAACCACGGACUACUGCGGCCAGCUGCAGAUGACGAUACUGUCGAGUAGGGACUACAGCUGCGUGCGGGAGUUCGACAAGAAGACCUGGAGUACGCGGAAUGAUAUGUGCAGAGCUUGUGUUAAACCUUAUACAACAACAGGACAGAGGUCGGAUUCGAACUGCAAGUUCUACGACAACAGAGCGUUGCUCAACCACCAGUCGUUGCCUCCUGCUUUCGACCUGGAGGAGCUGGUGGCGAGGGGAGAACAGAUACGGGCCUGUCCGUACUACGCGGCGCGCGGCAUGGCGCCCGCCGCGCAUAUCGUGUUCUGCCCUUACAACUACCUUAUAGAACCUAGCAUUAGGGAUAGUAUGCAAAUCGACUUGUCGGACAACAUUGUGAUAAUCGACGAGGCGCAUAAUAUUGAGGACAUCUGUAGAGAUGCUGCCACAUUUAGUUUUACUAAGGAUAAUAUACAGGCAGCUAUUAAGGAGUUAGAGUUAGUCGCCGGGUACAGGUUCGCGAAUCAAGAUGCCCUACGUUAUGUUGAGUACUUACUGCGAGCGCUCAAAAGUUGGGACGAUUGGUUCGUGAACCAAUUACCUUUGAUCAAGCAAAAAGCGAUGACUGGCAAUGAGGCAGUUUUCAUAUGGACUGCAGAAAACUUCGUACAAACUCUCAACAAUCAUAAUAUAGGACAGCAACAGUAUAAAGAUUUCCAUAAGAACGCGGAGUUAUUCUGCAAACGUCUCCGAGAAGACCCGCGCACGUUGCUGGGCGUGACGCAGCCCACCGCCACGCUUCUAGAGAACAUAGACACCGUCUUGGGCUACCUGUUCCGCUGCGAGGGCAAGUAUAUGGACGACUUCACGCCGGCGCUCGUCCGCAGCGUGGCCGGACCUGACUCCUUCGCCUGGAGACAGUCGCAGUUCAACAAGUCGAUAGAAAAGGAGACCCUAUCUCUACGCUUGAUGUGCAUGAACCCCGCGGUGGUGUUCGAGGGUCUGAAAGUAGCUCGCUGCAUCAUCCUCGCGUCCGGCACCCUCACUCCUCUCAUCAGCCUGCACUCGGAGCUGGGCACCGACUUCCCGCUGCAGGUCAGCGCCAACCACGUCAUACCCUCGGACAGGGUGUGGAUAGGGUCCCUGUCGACGUGCCCGGGCGGCGCGCGGCUGGAGUGCAGCGCGCGGGGCGCGGGCGAGGCGCGCGUGCAGGACGGCGUGGGCGCGGCGCUGCGCUGCGUCAGCCGCGCCACGCCGCACGGCGUGCUCUGCUUCCUGCCCUCCUACUCCCUCAUGAACAAGCUCGUCGCACGUUGGAAGGAGACGGGUCUGUGGGAGGAGCUGAACGAGCUGAAGAAAGUGUUCCUGGAGGCGAGGAACGCCCGCGAACACAGCGAAGUCAUGGAGGAGUACUAUGCGUGCGUGCGCGGCGGCGCGCUGCUGCUGGCCGUGUACCGCGGGAAGGUCUCCGAGGGCAUGGACUUCAGAGACCACCAGGCACGCGCCGUCGUCACUGUGGGUGUUCCGUACCCAAAUACUUUUGAUAUGGCGGUGAAGGAGAAGAUGAAGUACAACGACCGCUACAGCGCGCAGCGACAGCUGCUGCCCAGCAGGGACUGGCUGCUGGUACAGGCUUACAGGGCGCUGAACCAGGCGGUGGGGCGCUGCGUGCGGCACCGCGCCGACUGGGGCGGCGUGCUGCUGCUGGACGCGCGCUUCGCCUCCCCGCACUACACGCAACACCUCUCCAAGUGGGUCAAAACCUUCUUGGGCAACAAUCACCACACGUUCGAGAGUUUAGUGAACAGUCCCAACAGCCUGGAGUCCUUCAUGCAGAACAUGACCCUCCGCGACACUGAAGAUAUAUAGAAACAUGUCUCCACUGAAGAAACAUAUACGAAAACAUGUUUUUAAUGACAAUGUUUUAUUGUAAUUGGCACUUGUUUAACGCUGUGAUUUACUAAAAUUGUGAUUUUUUAAUUUUUU